AUGUCCGACGGAGCACUCAGUCUGCCCCCUGAACCUGACCUCUCAAACUGCACUCCUUACCCAGCCCUUGAGGCCUUCAAUGUCCAAUAUAAGCCCAUCCACGCCUACCUCUCUCUAAGCAUCUGUCUCUUCGGUAUCUUUACAAACACCCUCAAUGCUGUUGUUCUAACGCACACUCACAUGCGCAGCCCGACGAACGUCCUCCUAAUGUCAAUCGCCAUAGCGGAUUCGGUGACGAUGAUCGCCUACGUCGCGAAAGACGUCUACCUACAUUUCCUCACGAGUCCCGACCCCGCGGCCGAAGUACACGGACGCGCAGGCAUCUACUUCCUUCUCUCCGCAAACUUCACUACAAUUGGGGGACACAUAUUUGCGACAAUCAUGACCGUAAUGCUAGCCGCAUUCCGAUGUUGGGUCCUCUACCGCCCACAGAGACAAGUGUCCUACAUGCACAUUAGGCGCACCGCAGGAGUGGCAGCAAUUCUCAGUGCUGCCAUGUCCGUAAUGGGCGUCUCAGCUUUCAUUGUGGGCAAGCUGGGACCACCCAUAAUUCCAUCCAACGCCACACAGGAGUACUACUGGUUUGCGGUGCGCGAUGGACUCCACGAACUGGACAGAGCCAGCUUUGCAAUAUACGGGUGCUUCAGCAAACUAGCUUCCAGUAUUCUUAUUACCUUUUUCACUGGCCUCAUCCUUGCUGUUAUGGAUAAAGCGAAACGGAGAUAUUUGAGGUUAAAACAAGGGUCCUCCCUCCAAAAGAAAGCUCCACCACAAGAAAUGGCAGACUUGGACGGAACUGGGGGCAAGGAAUUGGAACAACAUUUGCUUUCCCAAAAGAAACGCGAAUGGAGAGGAAACAACAGGACGACUGUUAUGCUAAUCGCGGUUGUGGUGAGUUUCAUAAUCACAGAAGCCCCACAAGGAGUGAUAAACACCGUGGUUGCCAUACAGGGUGACUGUUUCCUUUACCUAUUUUACGUGCCAAUCGGAGAUCUUUUGGACCUUCUUGUGCUGCUUAACUCGUCCACAAACUUUAUCCUCUACUGUGCCAUGUCAGCGCAGUUCCGAAAAAGCUUCAAGGAACUUGUCAUGGACGAGAUGAUCUACAGAUUGUGCCACAACAGAAGCAAAAGAUCCAUUUGA